UUGGCAUCAAUUCGGCGCUUCGGGCGAGGGGGAAGAGCCGCAAUUCUUUUUUAGAAAAAGAAAAAGAAAAAUUGGAUAAAACCCUUUGGGGUUAGGGUUUUACCUUCCCAUUUCCUAUUCCUUCUUCCAAUCUAGGGUUAGGGUUUUGCUCCUCGCGUCCCAUUCCACCUUCCGAUCUAAGGCUAGGGUUUUGCCCUUCAUUUCCCCUUCUUCGUCCCCGCCGAUGGACGAGGCCUGGGAGAAAGCCGUAGAGGCGGCGCUUGGCGGCCGGGCGGACUCCUCGUCGGGGGAGCUACCGCGAGCCCUGACCCUUGACGGCGCCGUGAAGUGUCUCAACGGCCACCUCCCGCGGCCGGCCCUCUUCGAGAAAUUCCCUGCACUGGAGCACCUCUCGAUCGCCAACGUGCGGCUCGCCUCGCUCGAGAGCUUCCCCCGCCUGCCGGCCCUCCGGCGGCUCAUCCUCUCGGACAACCGGAUAUCCGGCGGGCUUGAGUUCUUGGUGGAGGCCGGCCUCGACGGGCUCCGCGACCUCGACCUCUCCAACAACCGCAUCCAGUCGUUGGACUACCUCGCGCCGCUCGCCCGGCUCCAGCUCGCGUCGCUGGACCUUUACGAGUGUCCGGUGACGAAGAUCAAGGACUACCGGUCCAAAGUUUUUGGAUUGAUUCCGUCCUUGAAGUAUCUGGACAAGGUGGACGCCGAUGGGAACGAGCGGCCGGAGUCGGACGAAGAGGAGGAGGACGAGGAAGAAGACGAAGAAGAGUACGAGGAUGAGGAAGAGGAAGAGGAGGUGGUGAAUGGAUCGAGAAAGGGGCAGGGAAAAGUAUCGAAUGGGGUUCAGGGAGAAGAAGGGGGGGAUGAGGAGGAGGAGGAUGAGAUAGAUGAGGAGGAGGGAGAAGAGGAGGAGGAUGUGGUUGAGGAGGACGGAGAAGAGGAGGAUGCGGAGGAGGAGGAGGUAGAGGGAGGGGAGAUUGAUGAGAAUGAGCAGGGAGAGGACGACGAGAAUGGGGAGAUUGGGGAAGACGAUGAGGAAGAGGAUGGGGGGACAGAGUAUGUGUUUCAGCUCGUAUCACGACCGAAGGAUCGGACAGAAGGUGAAGGAGUUGAUGAUGAACAGGCGAACCACCGCGGCAACAGUGCGCAGCCGCAUCAGUCAUCUUCUUCUCUGCCCAACAAGAGGAAGAAGGAUGGAGAAGAUGAAAACUCCAUGUCACCGAAGCAUCAUUGAUAAUUCACAUUACAUGUACAUGGACAGCAUCAGAAAGGGGCAAAAAAAAAAAAAAAUCCAAGGUUGUUUGGGGUAUGCUGAAAACUCCACCUGUGGUCUCGAAGGAUGAUCAGUCGGAUUGCGAGUACCAUUGAGAAACUGUUAUAUAUUUGUCAACCUACGACAAGUAAAUCAAGGCUCGUCUAUAUGCGGGUACGCCUUUUUUGGUGGCUCGCUGACCUGCGAAUGUUGUCACAGCUUCUUUUCGAAAUGACAGUUAUACUUAGGAGUAUAUCAAAGAAUUUUGGCAAUCUAGUAGGUGUCGGAUUUGGUGGGUCAGUUUUGUUAAUCUGAUUGAGAAGAUAUCUCUAAUAUAAAUGCGGGGAUUGCAAGUAGUGCUUCAUUUAUU